UGUUGGAAAAAAUUUGCAGACACAGAAUAGACGUAAUUUUCCAACAAUAGAAAAUAAUAUGCACGAAGAAUCGAUCAAAGAGCUAGAGACAAACUCGUCAUCUUCUUGUGCCGAAGAUGCACACCACUUUCGCUGUCAUAGGAGGUACAGGAGAGCAAACAUAAGACAAAAAUGUUUGCCAGAAUUUGUCUCAGAGUGGAAAUUAAAACACAGCAAUAAAUUGAAUAUUUACUAUGAGAAAAAUUAUCUGGACAGUCCAUUUGAUGUUUUAUCAAAAACAGGAAAAGUAAAAGAACUCUCAUACUUACAAAACAAAUACUUUAGAGUGUUGCAGUCAUAUCUUCAUUUUGAUGCAGUUCAUGAGAGAAAUACUGAUAAAGUUCCACUUCAUUGCUUUUAUGAUGAAUAUAUGAAACCAGUGUUAGAAAAGAUAAAAGAAACUGUAUUAGUAAGACCACCAGAAGGAGAGAAAGAUCAGGAAGAAUCAAAAGAAAAUAACAGCAUAGUUGAAAGGGUAAAAUUUUGUGUAGAAGAUUUUAUACAUGAACUGUUGAUUUUCCUGAGGAGAACUCUGCAUCCCCAUUCUAAUGUCACUGAAGGAAUGUAUUCAUCAUUAUUCAGAUCAUUUGCAAAUAUGUGUUAUUUGAGACCUAGAAAUGGAGAUGAAUAUUCAUCAUGUUUUAAAGGUUUAUUGGGUGUAGAUGUCAGCUCUAAGCCUGAUUACCGUUUAUGUACAAGACCGAUGUCCCAUGUAGAAGAUAAAGACCCUUAUACUGUAGUAUCAGUUGUAAAGUUGGAAAAAACAGAUAUAGAUGAUGAAGAUGAACUGUUCAGAAAAAGGCACAAACAAUCUGGUAGCAGGGGUAGCUCCAGUUCAACUAGUUCAGAAGAUGAACCAUUAAGAAAAAGGACCAAAAUAUCUGUCAAAAGUAAAAGCUCCAGUUCUAUGAGCUCAGAUAAUGAAAGUAGAAAUUAUAUUUCUGCACUUGAACUAGAUUUAAGUUCUGCUGUUUUAGGACAACAUGCUGGUGAACUUCUUUUGGAUAUACCAAAAAUACAAUAUACAACAAUCAAAAUACUGGGAAUGAUAGUGAAAGAUACAAAGGUUUACUUUACCUUGCUGGAUAUGUCUGGUGACCAUUAUUACAAAUUAUGUAAACGUAUGACACUAGAUAAGGAUAAAGAUGUGGCAACAAUCUUUUAUUCAAAACCAUUAGAUAUUCUUAUUGAAGAGGAGCGUAACAUUUUGAUCGAAAAUUUUAUGAGACUUAACAACAUUGAUACUGAACUACCCCAUGUGAUUAACAAAAGUGAAAUAUUUUGUCAAUGAGACUAUUUGACCAGGUGUCAAACUUCAAAGAUAAACUAACAUUGGAGACGACUGCAAAUUACCUGUAUAUAGUGCUUGUGGAUGCCAUAGAAACUAUUUUAACUUUAUGCGGACGUUUUUUACUUUGUUGAAUGAGAAUUAAAUAACAAAUAACAAAUCAUCUAAUUCUAA